AUGAAUGGGCUUUUCGACGACAAUAACCUGCCCUGGAGCCCGGCCUUUAAGCUUGAUGACCAUCUCUUUGGAGGGUUUGACGGCUCCCUUGAGAACACCGACUUCAACAUCUUCCAGGAUGCCGGCGACGACGUCUUCAACGACCUGGUGAACUUUGACCACAGCUCCCCUCUUAAGCGCACGGCGAGAAGGUCAAGGAUGGACCGUUCGCAAUCCACUAGCGCCAUCACCACGAUGACGAGCUUUGACCUCAGCUCGAGCAAGACCCUCGACGUUCCUACCCUCAAGGUCUGGGAGGAUGCCACGGCUGGGCCUCUCGACACACCCAGCCGCGCUUUCGAGGGUCUUAGCUCUCCCUCGAAGCAUCUGCUAGGGUCCCCCUCUCCCUUGAUGCAGUCUCCCAGCAAGUUGCCUGCAAACCUCGCCAUGGUUCCCGCGGAAGGAGACUGGAGUGCCUUGGCCUUUGACCCUGCCGACUUCAUCCUGGAAUCCCAGGAAUGCGCCGGUGUUGAUAUCCUUCAGGGCUUCGCCAAGAUUGGUUCUGGAUCUCAAAGCACGGCACCUCGAAACGCGAGGUCCGGCUCGAAGCCAGGGAUUUCAAGGUACUAUUCUUCGGCGUUUUAA